AUUCUCCUCUCGGCUACACUAACCUAUGACCCGGCUCCUUUGAAGCAGUUUCAUCUCAACUUUCCGUUCCUUUUUUUAUCCACUUCGAUUUCUUCGCCUUUGCCCUUUCAAGUUGCUUUAUCAGAGAGCCCAACAAGGCUGUCAGAGGAUGCUCUUAUCUCUGAUUCAUCGAAAUGCCUUGGUCAUCAAACCGGGUAUUCGCCAGAGCAACUUACCAAAUUGAAUGAUCAAGAUGUGACAGAGUAUGAACGAAUGAAGAAAAAGAAGAAGAAGAAGAAGGACUGCCAGCAUGAACUCCAGAUCAACCUCAAAGAGGAAAAUGCGACUUGGGAGAAGGAAGCAUCUAAUGAAUUGGCUUCACCUGAUGGCAGAUCGGAAGAUACCCUGAGGUGUAGCAAUCAGUCGGAUACCAAACACAGGACGAGCAAAAAGAGUAGAAGGGGCCAUACUGCAGUUGAAGUAGAAAAGAUGGAUUUCGACGACCAAAUUCUUUACAGUGAUGCCUCUAUGUGCAAAAAUGAGAUGGAUCCUAUUUCCUUGAAAAAAAUAAGUGAGAGAUCCGAGGUGGGAUGGCCGGCUAAACAGGACGGAACGUUAGAAAAUUCUGAAGGAAAAGGGAAAGAUAAAAUUAAACAGCGAUUCGAAAUUUGGGAUUAUAAUUGCGAUUUUGUAGCAGGGCUUGUGGAAAAUGAACUUCCUGAGGGAAACAUUAGGUCAGGAGAGGAACAUACGGCUUCGGAGAGGCAUGCUUUGAAGAGGCAAUUUCCACAAGACACAGAAAGUAAUUGUUUUUACGAAGACGAUGAUUCGGCCCGUUCGAUGAGAAGAAAGAAGAGGAAGACUUCUGAUGAUGUUGAAACCGAAUACUGUUUCGAGACCAGUCUAUUGGAUCAAGGGUCUUUGGAGUAUAAAGAUAAGAAAAGCACCUCCAGGGCGAAAAAUCAUCAGCAGAAAUCGUCUUCUGAGGCUGAGUUUCUUGGCUCUAAUUUAAACAAUGAUGAGCUUGCCACUUGCGAUUCGCCUCCCUUUCCUUCUGAUCCGGUUGAUCAA